CUUGUGUAGCCGAGUCUGGUCUUGAUUUCUGGAGCUGACUCAGCAACGCCCCAUACUCCAGCCAUGCCCUCCUCUUCGACCUCGGCGUCUCUUCUCCUGAGCCUCCUCCUUUUUCCUACCUCUAUUCUCUGCUGUCAGAUUGGGACCAAAACCCUAUGUGACGCUGCCUCGUUUGUACCGGGUCACAACCUGGUGGGGGAAGGUUUUGAUGUGGUCACACUACGCAGAAAAGGAGCUUAUGUGAUUGAUUUUAAGACUUACCUGAGCUCCAGCGGCACCUGCACUCUCUGCCCCAACCCUCUUCAAGGCAACAAGCUCCAGAAACUACCAACGUCUGUAGUGGACUGGCGUGCAUUCAGCACAUGCAGUACUGAUAUCUACAACAGUUUUCACAUGUCUUCUAGCAAGCUGGUGAAUGCUUACACAUCCCAGGAAAGCAGCGACUGGAAGUUUGGGCUGGAUAUUGAUAAGUAUGUGGAAGCCAACCUGGAGGUGGGAGGAACCCGCUCCUCUGCCUACUCCUUCGCUUCUGAGAGGACCAAAGAGGACCGCUACACUUUCAGCAUCCACAGAGUCCUCUGCACCCAUUAUGGUUUUCGUGUAUCAAGCACACCUCCCCUCAGCGCAGAGUUCAAGAGGCAUUUAAGCACACUGCCACUUCACUACACCUCCACCACUGCUGCUGCAUACAAGGAUGUCCUAAACAUCUACGGCACACAUUACAUCAGACAGGUUAAUCUUGGGGGCAGAAUGAGAAGAGUGACAUCUUCGCGGACCUGUUUGUCCUCCCUGAAUGGGCUAACCUCGGAUGCGGUCCACUCCUGUUUAUCGCAAGGUAUUGGUGUCGGCCUGGGGAAGAUUAAGCUCUCUAGUGUCUCCAGUUCUUGCAAAAGCGUCCUACAAAACCAAGACACCUCCGGUAGCUACAGCUCUGGUCUCCACCAACACUACACAGAAGUAUCAGGAGGAAACGGUUGGUUAGGGGAGUUUUUAAUUUCCCAGAAUGAUUCCGCUGGCUUUUCAACUUGGCUGAAGAGCCUAAAAAACCAACCCAACGUUGUUUCGUACUCACUCCGCCCACUUUACGAGCUCAUGCCAAGCAGCUCCCAGAAGUCAGCGAUGAAAGUCGCUAUUGAGAAGUAUUUGGAGGACAACGCUAUGAAGGUCUCAUCCUCAGCACCAACCUGUUCUGGCGGUCCUAACCUGGGCACAAACUGCUGCCCCCUGGAGCCCUCAAAAGGGACCCUGUCUGUGACCAUAGUCAAAGCCUGGGGUCUGGAGGGAGACAGAAUUGGGAAAACUGAAGCGUUUGCUAAGAUGUGGUAUGGCUCCAUAUAUCACAGGACCAAAGAAAUCAAAUCAGACAAUCCAACGUGGAACGAAGUGUUUAAUUUGGGCCAUGUGGACACACAUCUCAGCCUGAAAGUGGAGGUUUGGGACCAGGAUCCAGCAAAUGAUGACCGUCUCAUUUCAUGCACGAGGCAGCUGCUGCAGGGGAGCCACACAUUCACCUGCUCAGGGAAGGGAAACGUGGAGGUGAAAUACACCAUGAAGUGUGACGCCUACCUGACCGGAAACAGAUGCGAGAGCUAUAAACCAACUGCUUAGUGAAAAGAGCUCCGUGGUGAGGGUUCUGGGAUGAAAUGUUUCACGUUAAUCAUGCGUGAUGUUAGCUCGCUGGGUUAAAAUUCACAAUUAAAACUUUUCUGUUAAGUUUCAGCCCCAUAUCUGAUGAUCACAGUGUUAAUCUUAGCAUACACUGGACUUUACUUUUUUUUUUGGGCCAGAGUUUAACUUGUUGUAGUAUAAAUAGCCCUAGGAUUAUGUGAGAGAAUAUGGCACAUAUGUUGGUCCUGUCUCAUCACCUACAUAUUUUAUUGAAACAACUGACUCAAAAAUUAUCACAACAAAUUUCUUUAUCUUCAAAAGAUGUAUUGUAGGAGGAUAUGGAUCUAAUUAGCUUCUAACAUUACUUUUUCUUGUAUUUGUUUGAUUUCGGUUGUAACCUUCUGUAAAUAUACUUUGCAGAUAUGCUGAUGUUUCGAUGCUAAAACAUGCUAUUUCCCCUUGGAAUUAAUAAAGUCAAUAUUGAACAGG